AUGGAGUGGUUCUACCCUAAGAGAAGGGGUCCAGAGUGGAAGCAAGGGUGGACUGGCCAGACCCUCUCCUCCAUUUCUGCACCACCAUUACAUUUGCUCACCAUCUUUGCCAUUGUAAUUUUGUUACUAUGGCUUUCACAAUACACCGAGUACAAAUCCCAAAUGCAACACACCGCUGCUAACUUCCAGAUAUUGUUGAUGUUGCUGCCUAUCGUCUUGAUAUUUUUGGUCAUUUCGUGUUCUUCAGUUUCCUCUGCUGGGUGGUUUAACUUCCAACGGCGGCAUCCACAGCACGAGUUGGUCAACCAAGCCAGUGGUGGCUCGCCAUGGGGAGUUGCAAUAUUGGUAGUGUUGGUUUUGGUCUUGUUGUCUUACCAAUCAUCUUUCCAUUCGAAGUGGUUUGGACCUCUUCGAUCAUCAGAUUAGCUAUCAGUUGCUAUGUUAUAAUCGUCUUGAAGAACCGUAUUGUAGAAAUUAUUUUGUUUGGAUCCAAUGAGUGUUUUGUUC